AUGGCAAAUGCGGAGCUAACUCCUCGCGGACCCAGACCGAACAGAUCAACUCGGGUCAUUGACCAGCUAACUUCUCCGGCUGUUAUGUCUAAUGUGUUAGACCUAGAUGAUGAGAUUGGCCUCCUUCAGGACUACAGCAGGGCUCCUUCGGACGAUGACCGACAAUCUCCUCCCCCCUCCCCGCUCCCUGAUCGUUUAGAUGCAUCGGCAACAAUUCACGAGGAACAGACAAUUGCGAUCGAAUUCCAUUUCCACUUGCCCAUCCAAGGCGACCCACCCUCGUCGCGCAAGAGAAAAACAGGCAGUGUGGAUAUUCCAAAAACACGGGUGUAUAAAUCGGAGGUUGAUAAAUUAACCAUUCGCUGGGAUGUCUCAAACACCGACCUUCCCUCUUUCAAAUUGGCAGUCAUCGCUGCCAUUGUCACCAACGAGGACAAAAGGCUAGCGGGUUUUGUGCAGCGUAUCGAGUCAUUGGGGGUCCGGGGGAUAUCCACUGGUAUGGUAGUAUUCACCAUGAGAGCGGCUGCUUUGGAUGGUUUAAACGAUCUUGACAAUCCAGGUCCAUCGGGCGAACCGGCCUUUCAGCCUUCAAGUGCGGCAAUCGAUUGUGCGAAGAUCAAUGAAUACAUCGGCCAGAUCCUAGCAACAUACACUCCUCGACCACAACUGAGCGGUAGCUCGGACAAGUCUGUCUUCGUCAACCCGGAGAAAACCCAGGAGUACUUUGUCAUAUCGAUGCGCGUCGCGGAGGCUUGGGGCAAAGCGAUGCACAUGUCCCCAGAGACUGUUGAUUUGCGGACCCCGCCCAAGACACCAAUGUUCACCUACAUCACUGGCCCUCUUGAUUCUGACCCGCGAGCUCCGGCCGCGAUCCCCCAGCAGCCAGCUCAGCCGUACGCUUAUCCCCCAUACCCUCACGGGUAUCCCCCCCCAAUGGGGUAUCAUGCGCCGUACCCGUAUCAAGGUCCUGCACCCGGUACCCAUGGGGUUCCUCCAAGUGGGAUUCCCAACCCUGACCCCAACCACGUCCAAGCCGUGACUAACACUCAGCCGGACUCCUCCCCGGCACCGUCAGACAAUGAAGGCGACAAUAACAUUACCCCAUUUCUGACAUAUGCUCGCGUCGACCCCAACAGCUCGGCGGUUCGAGAUGGGUUGGCCGAACUAGGCAUUACCCAUUGGAGCAUGUUCCGGCAUGUUGAAGCCAGUGAGCUCAUGACCGCCGGGGUCCCAAUGGGACCCGCAAGGACAAUUGUUGUAGCAGCUAAACGCUACUCAGAUCGCUUGAAGAGCCAAGCUCGUGCCCAGGCUACUCUUUAA